AAGCUGAGCAACAACAGACUCAUUCAUCGAGGCAGCCAUGGAACAGGCAAGGAUGGACAAAGUGAUGAACAUCGAAGACCAGGGCUCCAGACACUUGUCCCCGGAAACAAUCAAGGGGCUGAUCCACCAGUCCCAGGAGGCAAAGGAACAAGCCUACUGUCCAUACAGCAAAUUCAGAGUGGGGGCCGCUCUCCUGACCCUAGACAACCGUGUGUUCACAGGUUGCAAUGUGGAGAAUGCUUGCUACAACUUGGGUGUGUGUGCCGAAAGGAACGCCAUGUCAAAGGCGGUGUCAGAAGGCUACAGAUCAUUCAAAGCCAUUGCAGUUGCCAGUGACCUGGACGACCAGUUCAUCUCGCCCUGUGGCGGCUGCAGGCAGUUCAUGAGAGAGUUUGGAUCUAAUUGGGAAGUGUACAUGUCAAAGCCGGACGGCUCGUGCCUGAAGAUGACUGUGGACGAGCUGCUGCCUUUGUCCUUCGGCCCCGAGGACCUGUCCAUGAAGAAAGUGAUCGACAUUCCCAAUGAGUACUGAGCCUUUAUGUUGUAGCCAAACUAACGAUCUUUGAAUGAUCAUGCCAUGGUGCUGCAUGGAAUACACAUGCUUUAGAUUUGUUCGCAGGCAUUAGUUAUAUUUAUGGUCAAUGUUUCGUCUAUAAUUAGCUAAUUGUUAACAUUUAAAUUUAGUCUUUGUUUACUGUAGCAAAAAACUGUAACAAGCAUUCAUUUACCUACAUUUAUACAUUGAAAGCUGUAUUGUUGUAGAUACCAAAUAUAUUUAUUAGUUAGAAAAAAGCCUGAAGGGACAAGAAAAAUAUCAACGCAGGUCAAACUCAUCCACAUAUUUUAAUAAAUAAACUGUUUUAAAAGGAGUUUCUUUUAAUAAGUUACACAUCAGUAUUCAUCACAGUGGGCUAUGGAUGUAAAAAGAAAAAAACAUUCUGAGUUACAGUGCACUGAAAAAUAUUUCUUCGGCCGCAAAUGAAUCAAAUUCGGGAGACGGGGUGAAACAUUUAAAUUGCCAGUGCAUAUUCACUAAGCAUUUAUAAGUGAUUUUAGGUCUAAUUAUUCCAUGCAUUAACAUUUACAGGUUUGAGGGCAGGGAUUAUGUGGCAAAAUUAUAAAUGUAUCCCUGAUUCAGACAAAGAACACACAAGUAUAAUCAGGCCAUGUAUCUGUAAAGACAAAAUGGGGGGUUUCAACUUUGUGGGAUCAACUUACUGAACAUUUCCUGUUCAAUCCCUAAACAAGAGAAUCAACACAGAGAUAAAGCAAGACCUGGAGAUCUGAUCUGAGCAGAAAAACAUCAGGAUCAACCCUGACAAUCAAUCCUGAUUUUAAAAUAUAAAUGUUAAUGUUAAUGUUGUUAUGUGAAUACGUUGGCUAUUGCUUUUCAUCAUGCAGUGAUCUUUAUCUUUAUACCUGGAAUCAAAAAGGGUUGCAUCAGCUCUAUUAGCAAAAAAAGGGUCAUGAAUCAAGUUCAACCCCUAAAAACUAAUUGUUCAUCUAUAAAUUCAGCUCAGCAGGCUCUAUUUGGAUGUUUUUAUUCUCAUUCAGCUGCUUCCAAACAAAUGCCCAGGUGGAGAUUUGAUCACAUACAGCAGAACUGAUCAGAGGUUGCACUCAUGACAGACAUCUCUCUUAAAUCCCAUGUUAGAUUCUCUGGAUGGUUCAGCGGCCUCAAGCACGAAAGAAAUUGCACUGAUCAUGAUCUGCGACUUCCCCGUUAAAAAAGUCCAGAGACUAAAGUAAAGGAGGAGAAAAUAACGCAAAGAAAUGUAUAGAUAUUUCUAAGAUACCACAGAGGAAACUCCACGCAGUAUAUUGUUUUUUUUACUUAAAGAUUUUCUCCUGUCUCUGCUCUCUGUGCUGAAGCUGUGAUGUGGUGUCAUGCAGCUCACACUUUGUCUUUGCUGUGUUUUUAUCACAUUCUGUAAACUGGCUGCAAAUGUUCAGUGCAGCAACUUUACUGUGCAAAAGAGAAAUUAAAUAAUAAUUUGAAACUUUUAA